AUGAGAAGUAACAACCAAAUCAAUGAUAGCAAAAGUAGAGGUAGUGGUAGGGUAGUUGCAAUGAGCGAGUUUCAGCCAAAUAAUAACAUCCCACCUAAUAUGUAUUCCUCUCAUGAAUCUAAUAUGGUACUUUCAGAUAACAAUUCCGCAGCUAUGAAUCCAUAGUCGAGAGGUAAAAAAUUCUUUACAAAAAUUAAUAAUUCUUUAGAUAGAAAAAGAUAAAUAGAACCAAAUGUUUAUGUUUAAAGCAAGGAAAGCAAAAGACCAAAUCAAGAUAGAGGAAAAUCAAUGGCAAUGAUAAAUGAUUAAUCAGGUUACUAGCCUAAUAUGAGUAGGCCAGAAAUGGGUCAGCAUAACAGAGUUGGAUCAUCAGAUGUGAGAGGAAAUAAAAUGUAGAAAACAGCAUAUGAUAAGAAGAAAGAUUGGCAAGCAUUUCCAGUAAAAAUCCAAGACAUGAAUCAAAUGAUUCAAAUUAGGAAAAAGAAGCCAAAAUUGAAGUAUUAUGAUAAACUAGCUAUGAAAGCCUAGUAAGAGAGACAAAUCUACUCGUAAUAAGUUUAACAUAGAGGAGAAGCUAAGAGAAAGACAAAAAUACUUGAUGGCUUCUUACUUUUAUAUUCUUGCAGAGUAAAAUUACCUCAUGAGGCUAUCAGAUCAAAGUUAUCAGGAGAAAAUAUUGUUGAUGUCAGAGAAGAGGAUUUAGUGUAUUUCAAACAGAAUCUCAAGUAUCUUGAUGUCUCCGAUAACAAUAUCAACAUUGAUCAACUUAUUAAUUUGCAAAAUUUAGAGGAACUUGACCUUUAAUACAACAACUUAGACAAUAUUUAGCUUUAAGAAGGUGUUUUUCCUCAAUUAGCUAUACUACAUCUGUCUUAUAACAAAAUACCACCUAGUCAUCUCCAAUAACUAUAGUAUUUGCCUAAGCUGAGAGUAUUAAAUAUUGCAUCAAAUGAUUUCUGCACUCUUCCAAGUGAUCUAAGCUUUUUAAAAUGUCUAGAGGAAAUUAACUUAAGCUCAAAUAAUUUUAGCACUGAUUCACUACUUGUUAACCCAAAUAAGCUAUUUGCUGCGAUGGCAACUAUUCCUAGCCUUAAAAAAUUGAACCUCUCAAGAAACAAAUUCAAAGCAUUCCAUUCAGAGGAUCUCUCACCAGACAAUCUUCAUUAGGAAGUUGAAAAAUAAGCGUUUUCUUAACUAUAAGAAUUAAAUUUUGCAUUCAAUUUAGUUGAAAAUGAAGAAGAUCUUAUGUAUUGUGUUUUGUAACUUCCGUCCUUAUUGUAUCUUGUUGUUACUGGUAAUCCAUUUGCAAUAAAAGGUGAUCCUUUCGCCACAGCUAAUCUUGAAUAAAUUCUUUAGUAAAAAGGAGGAAAACUUAUUAACGAGACUCUUUAACCUCCAACAUAUUUGAGGAGAUAAAAAUCUAAAAGAUAAGAUGGAAGACCACCUUUGAUGCUAAACUAUAACUUCCCAUAGAGUCGAGAGAUGGUUGUCGUUUCUGAUUAACCCUUAUCAAGACCAAAUGUUUUCAGAGAAUAAGAGGAUCUUUUCCCAUUACCACCAAAAGAAGAAAGAAUUUAAGCUAUUGAAUAUCAAUAAGAGAAUAACGAACAAUAAGAGUAAGAUUUAGAGGAGGAUGAGCAAGAUUAAUAGAAUGAGAACAGAUUUUUCAUUACUGAGGAUGAAAUGCUUCGAGGAAACAAGUCCAAAAAGGAUACAAAAGCAUAUUAAAAGAAAGACCAAGAAGUAAUCAAAGAGGAAGAAAACAAUGAUCCAAAUAUUCAAAAUUUUAUCCAAGACACUAACCUUGAAAAUGACUCAAAUAUCUAGUAAAUCUUUGAUGAAGACUUUGGCAAACUUAAAAUGGAAAAAUUUAAAGAGUAAUGCAGAUAAAUAUUAGGUCCUAAAAAGAAGGAACACAAUAAUUCUUAAAGGAACAUAUAUUAAAAUGAGUUUGAGGAGCCGAAUUAAUCCCAAAAUGAUAGUUAAUUUGUCAAUCAAAGAGAGUAUGAUACUUUCUUAGAUAUAAUAAAUGCUUACAAAACUUUGAAAUAAGCAGUUAAUAAACCAUCAACAGUGCAUGGGAACAAAAAUUAAGGUGGUAGCAAGGGUUAUCUUAAAAUGACUAUUGCUGCAACUUAGCAUUCAAAGUCAAAUAUGAAUAAGGAUUUACUUGAAUACUCACUUGCAAACAGAUAAGACAGAAUAUCAAGCACUGCUGUUGGAGGUUAAAGAGCACUACUGCCUUCAAACUUCGAUAAUGGACAAGAUCAAUAGAGAGUGAUGUACAAGAGACCGACUUGGAGAAAAACUAAGCAAGAGGUUAUCGAUGAAAAAGUUGAGAGGCUAUUUGAGAGCUAUAAGUUAAUGGAUGAUGUAAAUAAAAAGCAAUUGGCCCUAAAUGGUAUAUAAGAACAAGAAACUAAGAAUGCUUACAAGUAUAAAUACUUUCCCAAGGAAGAAGAUGACGAUGAAGAAGAUGAUGAGUGA